AUGGAGACGAACAAUGUAGUCAAGUUUCUUCAAGGCAAGACUAUAUUUGUCACUGGUGCAACUGGAUUUUUGGCAAAGGUCCUUGUGGAGAAGAUAUUAAGGCUUCAACCAGAUGUGAAUAAGCUCUAUCUUCUUGUGAGGGCUUCAGAUGAAAAGUCUGCCACACAACGUUUGUAUAAUGAGAUCAUAAGCACAGAAUUGUUCAGGAUUCUUCGCAAUCAUUGGGAUUCGAAAUUCGAUCACUUGAUAUCAAGUAAGGUGAUAGCAGUGGCUGGUGAUGUCUCUUCUGAAAACUUGGGAGUGAAAGACUCAAAUUUACGAGAAAAAAUGUGGAAUGAAAUAGAAAUUAUAGUAAAUGCAGCUGCCACAACUGACUUUAAUGAAAGGUAG